AGGCAAUCGGAUUUUUGAUAUUACCACUCCUCGUCCAGCUUUCUGAAGGGCAAAGAAGAAGGUGGUUAAAUUUUCAGAAACCCCCAAAUCGGAACCCUAUUCCAAAACCUCUCUUAAUCGAUCAACAAAUCGGAUUCAGAUUUCGAAGAAUCGGCGAAGAUGGUGUUAGCACAGCUUGGAGGGAGCAUAUCUCAUGCUCUCCAGCAGAUGAGCAAUGCGACGGUGAUCGACGAGAAGGUUUUGAACGAAUGUCUCAACGAGAUCACCCGCGCUCUUCUUCAAUCCGAUGUUCAAUUCAAGCUCGUCCGUGAUAUGCAGACCAAUAUCAAGAAAAUUGUCAAUCUGGAUGACCUCGCCGCCGGUCACAAUAAGCGCAAGAUCAUUCAACAGGCUGUAUUUAAUGAACUGUGCAAAAUGCUAGAUCCUGGGAAGCCUUCUUUUACACCAAAGAAAGGAAAAACAAGUGUUGUCAUGUUUGUUGGUUUGCAAGGGUCUGGGAAAACCACAACAUGUACAAAGUAUGCAUAUUAUCAUCAGAAGAAAGGCUGGAAGCCUGCUUUGGUCUGUGCAGAUACAUUCAGAGCUGGUGCUUUUGAUCAAUUGAAGCAAAAUGCAACCAAAGCAAAGAUUCCCUUUUAUGGAAGUUACAUGGAAUCAGAUCCUGUUAAAAUUGCGGUGGAAGGUGUGGAAAGAUUCAAGAAAGAAAAUUGUGAUCUCAUAAUUGUUGAUACCAGUGGACGUCACAAACAGGAAGCUGCUCUUUUUGAAGAAAUGCGACAAGUUUCUGAAGCAACGAAACCAGAUCUUGUUAUAUUUGUCAUGGAUAGCAGUAUCGGUCAAGCGGCAUUUGACCAAGCUCAAGCAUUCAAACAAAGUGUUGCAGUUGGUGCUGUGAUUGUGACCAAGAUGGAUGGUCACGCAAAGGGAGGUGGUGCUCUUAGUGCUGUUGCAGCAACAAAGAGUCCGGUUAUUUUCAUUGGAACAGGAGAACACAUGGAUGAGUUUGAAGUUUUUGAUGUUAAACCAUUUGUCAGCCGUCUCCUAGGCAUGGGAGACUGGUCUGGAUUCAUGGAUAAAAUUCAUGAAGUCGUGCCAAUGGAUCAGCAACCAGAGCUUUUGCAAAAGCUUUCAGAAGGAAAUUUUACUUUGAGAAUUAUGUACGAGCAGUUUCAGAACUUACUUAAGAUGGGUCCAAUUAGCCAGGUAUUUUCAAUGCUUCCUGGAUUUAGUGCCGAAUUGAUGCCAAAAGGACGUGAAAAGGAAAGCCAGGCUAAACUAAAGCGCUACAUGACCAUGAUGGACUCAAUGACGGAUGAAGAAUUGGAUAGCACAAACCCAAAGCUUAUGAACGAGUCACGAAUGAUGCGAAUCGCACGAGGUUCAGGUCGCCGUGUUCAGGAAGUAAUGGAAAUGAUGGAAGAGUACAAGCGUCUUGCCAAGGUAUGGAGCAAGAUGAAAGGACUAAAGAUCCCAAAGAAGGGUGAAAUGAGCGCGCUAUCUCGAAAUAUGAACGCACAGCACAUGAGUAAGGUCCUUCCUCCCCAGAUUUUGAAGCAAAUUGGUGGGAUGGGUGGCCUACAGAGCUUGAUGAAGCAAAUGGGUUCAAAUAAAGAUAUGAUGGGAAUGUUUGGAGGUGGAGACAAGUAGAGAUUUGAUUAGAAGUUCGGUUCGAGUUCUCUUAUUCCGACGAUUGGAUUGUCUUGCAGAAAAAGUGCCAAUACUGAUCUUCUACAGGGAAGAAGACGACAACGUCGACGGUUUCACUGGAUUGAUUAAGCCAUCGGACACAUGUAUAUUUAUUUGUUCUUUAGCAUGGUUACACUUGCGACAGUUCGAGCUAAUUGUUUUUACGCGCUUUUUUGACUCACCACCCCACAUCGACAACCCUUGUACUUUGAUCAAAAUGUUUAAGAUGUUUAGAACGGAAUAGAAUUUUAUGCUUUCUAUGUCAACUUAUAAAUAGAGUUUUAACAUUUUGUGCUGCA